CUAUUGGCGCACUCUUUCUCAAAUGUCAACAAAUCUCUCAGACGUUGGGACCAAUCUUCCGGAAUGUGGAUAACCUGCUAUAUGAGGAUCAUCUCGAACUCGCGAAAAAUAUCAUCAAUUUUGCAGGAUUCGUCAUUAAUAUAGCUUAUCUGCAACAGUUUCCAAGCGCUAGUUGGUGGUUCGAAGUACAUUGCAUAGAGGAAGAGAAACUUUAUGAUCUGCUGUUAGAACAAGAAGGAACAUGGUAUACGGUAAAAGCAUUCUUUAAAUAUGAUAAUGCACCGAUU